CCAUGGCGGGGCUGGUGCGGCGCCUGCUCUGCAGGGGCUUGUGCGUGGCGGCGGGGCCGCCGAGCACCCGCCAGCUGCGGGAGGCCGAGGAGGCUGCCCCGGUGUUCCAGUACGCGGGGAAGGCGGCCAGGCGCAAGGACCGCGUGUUCGUGUGGGGCUUCACCUACUCGGGCGCCCUGGGCAUCCCCAGCUUCGUGAAGCCGGACGCGGGCUGGAAGAAGCCGCGGCGCAUCCAACCCACGCCGUACCGCCUGGAGACAGAGGAGAAGAUAUCCUCUGCUGCCUGUGGUUAUGGAUUCACACUGCUGGCUUCUAAUACCAGAGACAUCACCAAAGUGUGGGGCAUGGGGCUCAACAAGGAUUCCCAGCUUGGAUUCCAGAGAAGCAGAAGAGAUCAAACUAAGGGCUAUGAAUAUGUCUUGGAACCAUCUCCAAUUCCAUUACCACUGGAGAAACCACAGCAAACUCGAGUCUUGCAAGUGUCCUGUGGGAGAGCCCAUUCCCUGGUCCUGACAGAUAGUGAAGGAGUUUUCACAAUGGGAAACAAUUCUUAUGGACAGUGUGGCCGGAAGGUUGUUGAAGAUGAAAUUUACAGUGGAAGCCAUGUCAUUCAUCAGCUGAAGGAAUUUGACAGCAGAGUUGUCCAGGUUGUGUGUGGGCAGGACCACAGUCUGUUUAGAACCAAGAAAGGUACAGUCUAUGCAUGUGGAUGGGGAGCUGAUGGACAAACAGGUCUUGGACACUAUAACAUCACCAGUGUUCCUACUAAGCUGCAUGGUGACAUUGCUGGAGUAAACAUUAUCCAGGUCUCUUCCUAUGGGGACUGUUGUCUGGCAGUUUCAGAUGAAGGAGAUGUCUUUGGUUGGGGAAAUUCAGAAUACUUGCAGUUGGCUUCUGUCACAGAAACCACACAGGUGAAUGUUCCCAGGCAUUUGCCAUUCAAGAUUGGGAAGGUAAAGGAGGCUGCCUGUGGAGGGACUGGCAAUGUUGUGCUAACAGAAGAAGGAAAUGUUUUUGUCUGGGGAUAUGGAAUUCUUGGGAAAGGACCAAACCUAAUAGAGACAGCAGUGCCAGAGAUGAUCCCACCCAGCCUUUUUGGCUGGUCAGACUUCAGUCCAGACACCCGUGUUGCUCAUGUUCGCUGUGGACUCAGCCAGUUUGCAGCACUUACAAACAGAGGAGAACUGUUUGUGUGGGGGAAGAAUCUAAGAGGGUGCCUGGGAACUGGAAGAAUGGAAGACCAGUAUUUCCCAUGGAGAGUGACUGUACCCGGUGAGGUGGUGGAUGUGGCCUGUGGAGUUGAUCAUAUGUACAUAAAUCUCAGCUUUUCAGCAUAAGACCAGCAAAGAAAAGCAGCUUGUGCACUUGCUGGGAAAGCAAAGCAGCCACUUCUCAGCGCCACACAAUGUCCAGUGCAUGAUCCCAAGCUGCUGCCACCACUCCCCGUGCCUGGUGGUGUAACAUCCCCCCUUGUGCAGAGGUCAUGAAGGCAACUGAUGUACUCAGGCUCCCCUGUGCUUUGUACCCCCAAGCUUGCAGGAACUGCCCACCCACACGUGCAGGGCCUGGCCCCACUGAGCCCAUGGGCACUGCUCACAGGCAGGUGCAAGCAGCUUUUCCAUGGCUGCUGCCCAGAGCAGGAGGUGUACUCUGUCUGUUUACAUCAGAUCUGGUAAUUCAAAGGAAAUAAAUACACUUUUUUUUUCCCACCCUCCCCCAUGAAGUCUGCAUGGGAUUUUUGAAAGGUGAGCAGGGAGG